AUGAUCCCCGCGCGCUCCGGCAGCAUUAUCAACACUACUAGUAUCUGCUCCGUCGUGGGCGCUGCCGCGCCGCACUCGUACACGGUGGCGAAACAUGCGGUACUGGGGCUCACCAAGAACACGGCGGUGGAUCUGGGGCGGUACGGAAUUAGGGUAAACUCUGUAUCUCCCUACUUGAUCUUAACGCCUCUGGCGAAGGAGUUCAUGAAGGCAAAUGAAUUGCCGGUGUUGACGUAUUCUAACCUGAAAGGAGUAGAGCUGAAGGCGGAAGACGUGGCUGAUGCAACUCUCUAUCUGGGGAGUAAGGAGUCUAAGUACGUGAGUGGGCAUAACCACGUCGUAGAUGGUGGCUUCUCAAUCACUAAUUCUGCUGUCUCCAUUUACGACCAACUAAAUGAUCGACUCAACUAG